AUGCCUCUUAAGAAAGGGGAUGUGCCGAAGGGUCCUUCGGGUUCUAGAUAUGCUGUUAACCGCGCCCCUUCUCGUCCUCGUGAAGAUUCCAGGAGUACGCAGACUCCUCCUCGUACUGAAACGCUGGAUGUUCCGCCGCUCCGUUCUAUGGCUCCUCCUUCAGUGUCUCCGCAGAAAACUUUGCCGCCUCCUCCCGCGGUUUCUUUCAAAGGGAAAAAUCCCAAGGGUACUAUGCCGCGAACUGGUCCGAUUAAAAAUCUUCCUUCUAAAAGGAAAGCUUCUGAGUUGAGUCUUGCUUCUGAUUCCGCCGAUGAGGAAGAAAUUGUUCCUGUGAUACGCAGCCUUUCAGUUGGUAGGAAGAAGGCUGAGGUUUAUGAGGAAGUCAUGAGUCCUGUGAACGAAGGGUAUGCUGAGGACGAAGAAAUGUCCGACGGAGAGGAUCGUACUGACACUUCUCGCCCUAAUGACGAAGGUGGUAAUGAAGAAGAAAUUUCCGCGGGAGGUGGUGGUGAAAAAGGGACUGCCGCGGGUGGUACUGGCGGGGGUGGAUCUUCCCCUGUUGGCGAUAAUAUUGCUGGUCCCUCGAGGGCAGCUUCAAGCAGAAAAUGA